GGAAGAUGCAAAAAUAAAUGUUUAUGUCUACAUUUCAAAGUUAGGCAGUGAGCGACCAGCAAAUUAAUAAGCUUAAGUUUUUUGUACACCAACAAAGCUGCAGUAUUGUUUGAUAAAGCAUUAAGAGAAAUAACAUUGCAUAGUUUUUGGUGUAACUAGAAAAUUCGGUGAACUUGAAGUUUUGUACAGCGCGUGUGCACUCAUUCUAACAAAUGUAUUGCCCAUAUGUAUAGCUAGUGCUCGCAGUCAUGUACACGGCAACAGGCGCCUCUCUGGCGCAUUUUUUGGCAGCGUCCAGCAACGCUUUUGAACGCUUCGCGAUUCAUAAACAAAGAACGGCAACAUGUCCGCAGCAGUCGCAACCUCGCAAACGACAACAAGAACAAAAACUGUAAACAAUGCACCGUCACCUACAAGGAAUAACAACAAUAAUAUAGUCAAAACAACAGCAAAAGUUUCAACCUCUAAUGUCGAUACGACGAACAAAGCCAGCAAAGGCAACAAUAACAAUAAUAACAACAGUAACAAUAAAAGCAACACUACUAAUAACACCAGCGGCACCGGUGGUGGCAACGACAAUAACGAAAGUAACAACAGCAAACAGCAACGUCUCAAGUAUAUUGCGAAUGUAGUGCGCGCCCUAGUGACGUCACGUAAGCCGCCGUGCAAGUUGCGCGAAGUAUUACGCGAGUAUCCGGAAAUCGAAGGCGAACCAUUGAAUUUUCGUAAGCUCGGCUAUCCAUCGGCCAGGGAUCUGCUAAAGGCGACAGGCGAAUUCAAUUUUAUGCAAUAUGGCGAAGAGACAUACAUAAAUGCCAUACCUAGCCAAAAAUCAGCGCACAUCUCGUCGAUGGUGAAACAGCAGAAGGCGAGCAAAUCGACACGGAUUACAGUGGCACCACAAGUGAGACAACCGAAACGCUCCGAUCAGAGUUGGAAUAAGAGCAGCUACUCAUCAAACGUCUUCCAGCGCUUGCCGGCGACGGGUCAGCAGCAGCAGCAGCAGCGUUGGCGUAGUAACGUGAACACUGCCGCAACGGGGGCUGGUGAUCGCAACAAUAACAAUUCGCAGCAGCAAAACAAUAAUAAUCGCAAUAGCACAGGGGUUGCCGGACAGCAACAGCAACAACAGAAAGAGAAAACGCAACAGCAAAAGCAAACACAAUCGCAACCAAAAACACAGCAACAACCACAACAGCAGGCACCAAAGUCACCACAGAAGACUCAGCAACAACCACAAAAAUCUCAGCAGCAACAGCAAAAACAACAAACGCAACAGCAGCAGCAGCCUGCUUUGCAGCGUCAGAAGUCAGUCGGCUCAACGAAUAAAUCUAGCGGCGGUAGCGAAAAGAAAGAUCUGCGCGAAAUGUUGAAUGCGAAGUCGGCGCAACAGCAAGCCAAUGGCGGCAUAGCCAACAACGGCAAUCAGGUGCCUACCUCAACAGAUCUGCGCGAACGCUUGAAUGCUAAGAGGCAACAACAACAACAACAACAGCAGCAGCAACAUCAACCACAGCAGCAAAAACAGUCAUCUGCAGCCGAGCAGCAGAAAUCAUCGCCGCGUCCGAUUUUGGGGCAGAAUAACAAUUCGGCGAUUGCCAUUGCUUCGACAUUGAUAUUGGCGCAGCGCGAACAAAAGUUGCAGGAGCAGCAUCAACAGCAACGCGCACAGCUGUUGGCGGCGCAACAAUUACGUCAGCAGCAGCAACAGCUAAUACAAAAAAAUUUGCUGCAUCAACAACAAUUACAAAUGCAGGCGCAACAGCAGCUGCAGGCACAACAGCAAUUGCAAGCGCAACAAGAACAACAACAACAAUCGCAGCCGCGGCCAUUGAUGAGCAUUAGCGUUGCGAAGCCUGGUGUGGGCGUUGGUUCAGUGCAGGAUCGCUUGCGCAUAGGUAUUAAUAAUAAUAACAACCACAAUGGAAAUAGUUAUGCGGCGUCGACAAAUGGCAGCAACACGCCAGAAACGUCACCAGCGCUGUCAUCUACCGGCUCUGACAAGCUGCUGACGACCAGUCCAUUUGCUGCUUCGGCGGCAAUGCAGCAGCUGCAGCAACAACAACAACCGCAAUUUCAUAAACAGCGUUACAUCGUCAAGCAGCAGCAGCAGCAACAACAACAGCAGCAGCAGUUUGGUGAAGCUAACGGCCAGCACGUUAUACCGCCACGCGUUUUCCAAUUCAACCCCAAACUCGAUCCCAUCACAUCAUUGACGCAAUAUUGUGUGGUGCGCCGUUAUACGCCUCCUGAUUUCAGCGCCAUACGCUCGAAAUUCUCACGCCUCUAUCAGUGUCGCGUCAAUGUGAAUGGCACCAUUUUCUCCACAUACCCCAAUGAGUAUCUGCACGAACAUCUGGCAAAAAUUUCAUGUGCCCAAAAGGCCAUUGAGCAGUUGAAAUUGCAAGAGGCACGACGUCCAUUGCCGUUGUUUUCAGAAGGCGAUACCGAUCUUAUCGAUAAACUCUACAAUGAAUUGCAACAGCAUCCACAUGGUAUAUUUGCCAAAAAUAUACCGGAGAUGUUCGAAGAAGCAUACCAGCAGGCAUUGCCCGAACAUUGGUGGACACUGGUGCAGACGUCACCCAGAUUCACAACCGAAUCGGCGACUAAUAAUGCUGUGAUUGUGUUUGCUAACGAGGAAGCAGAUAAAGACAAAGCUGGCGCUGCCGGUGCAAUCAUACAAAUGGACGGCAUUGCUCUACCCUGGAAGCAAAAGUAUUGGCAAUUGUACGUCACCUACUGUGCUUCGACGGUGGAUGUUUGGGCGCGUCUCUUCGGCAAAGAGUAUAGCGAGCGUUUCGACAGUGUGAUGGGCGAAAUCGAUGUGCACAUGGCAACGCAAAAGACACGUCCACUCUCGCUCGCUUGCAAAAACAUCUACUUGGUGUGCAUCAACGAGUGCUGGCAUCGUGUUCGCGUCGAGGAGUUGGACAAGCCAAAUGCAACGGCGCGUUGUUUCUUCAUUGAUUACGGCGAUAGCGAUUGGGUAGCGGUCAGUGAGUUGUAUAUUUGUGAGGCACAAUUCUUACGUUUGCCCGCACAAGCAGUGCCACUGUUACUAUUCGGUUUGGAGGAUUUCGCUGGUAAUCCGAAUGCGCGACGUCACUUGGAUGCCAUGUUGUCGAGCAAGUCGGUGGUGGGUGAGAUUUUGACCAAGGAGAGUGAUUUCUACAAUACAGAAUCGAGCGCUUGUGGCAAAAUACAAGUGGUGUUGUAUGACACCUCAACCGAGGAGGAUGUGAAUUUGAAUCCUUUGUUGCUGAGCAAGAUUUGUGAUGACACACCGCCGCCAGAGAUUAAACACAAGGGCGCCACCAAUGUACUGGUGUCGCAUAUCAGCGAUGAGGGUGAUUUAUACUUGCAGAUACUCAACACUGACUUUAAAUAUGUGCAGAAACUAAUUCAACAACUCAUCGAAUCGAAAUUCAAACGCGAUCAGCAUAAAAUCAACGCAACCGAUUUGAAGCGCUCAAAUCUCUUCUUGAUUUGCGAUGACACAAAUAGUGGCGAGACACAGUGGUAUCGUGGCGCGCUCGCGGACGUGCCGAACUAUAGUGCCGACGAUGAGGAAUUCGAUAUAGUCUAUGUGGAUCAUGGUGUAACACGACGCACGCACAUUUCCAAAAUGUUCCGCUUGGAAUCGUUGAGUACGGCGUUGAGCAAAUUUCCACGCCAGGCUAUACGUGCGCGUCUGCACAACAUACCGCCCAUAACAAAGAGUAUAGUGGGACGUAUGCGCGCUUUGCUGCCGUCUAAUUGUGCUGCUUUUGUUAAAAUGAAUAAACCAGGCAAGUUACCCUAUGUGACAGUUUACCGUCGCCACGAGAGUUCCGAUAUGUUGUGUAAUAUAAACGAAGAUAUACGCAUGGAAGCCGAAUUGGAGUGUUCUACGGCUUCGAAUGGCGAAGACGACGAUGUGCCAAUCAAUGGCAAACAUUAUGGACUCGCUAAGGACGGCAGCGGUGCCAGCCUGAAUUCACCAACAACUCAACAAACAUUUGUCGAAAUGACCCGCGGAUUAACCAUAACUUCUUCAGUGCCAAAUUCACCACAUAAAGUAGCUGAGUUGCCAAAAUUGCAAAAUUACUCUGCGAUACCGCAUGACCCCAAUGAUUUUCUAGAAGUACGCGUCACUAUGUCAGCGAAUCCUUCCAAUUUUACGAUUCAACCCUACAAAGACUAUCCACGCCUUCGUGAUCUCAUGAAGGAGCUGCAGGAGUACUGUGAGAAUAAUGAUGAAUUCAUACCGGCUGAUAUGGUGGAGAUAGGACAAGCCUAUGCGGCCAAGAAUCCGGAUGGUUUCUAUCAUCGUGUUGUUGUGGUGAACACGUACAAUGGUGAUAUGAUACACGUUUGUUUCUGUGAUUUCGGUGAUAUUGCAAUAUUGCGUAGCGACCAAUUGAAAAUAUUACCGGCCAAAUAUCGUCAAUUACCAAAAAUGUCGAUACAAGCUAAAUUGCAUGGCAUUAGCGCCACGCACGGUGACUGGAGUUUGGAAGAUUGUCUACGCUUCCGUCAACUAACAGUCGGACAAAAAUUUGUAGCGUCCAUAAAACUUAUUACAUACGAUAAAUUAGGUUCACCUGACACACCAAUGCUCGAGCUAGAAUUGAUUGAUGUGACUACAGAUGAAGAUGUUUAUAUACAUGAAAUAUUGUUGCAGGAGCAGCGUGCGGUCAAAGAUGGCGCUGCUGCGAGUAAUUAAUAAGGCUGCUUGGUUGCUAAUAGACAUAGACGCAACACACGCACUCGGACUAAAAGGACUAUUAACUAUUGCGCGUAGAUUUUAAUGUAGGAUAAAGAAGAGAAUAAUUUUCUUAUUUGUCUCUUGAAGCGUGCGUUUUGCGUUUGUGCAUUUUUUCUGUUUUUUUUUUUUAUUAAUGUUAAAGAAAUUUGUCGCUUAAAUAGUUUCGGCGCAAAAAAAAAUGAGGUUUAUAUAAAUUGUAUGCGAACUGCUACGAUAUUCGAUUUUUGAAAAACAUUGUUUAUAAAUUUUUAUUAACGAAAAUGCACCGCUUCAUUUUAGUUUUAAAUGUCAGCAACAAAGAUAUUAAUUAUUGAUUUAUAACACUUUGCUUUUGUUAAGAUUUUGAAAUUUUUUUUUAAUGAUUUAUUAAACUUUUGUUAUAUUUAUUAAUGAAUGACGCUAUAUAAUGCAACUCGUCGGCAUUAAUUAAUCUCAUUACUUUUUAUUAAAAAACAAACACAAAAAAGCAUCGAACUUGAAUUGAAACUCCUCAUAUGUCAACUUUCAAUAUUCGUUUGAGCGCGAAAAUCACAUUCCGUGCAUUAAUUCUCAUACACUUCAUAUUUUCGCGUUUCGCGUUUUGUUGGCACUUUUAUUAAGCUAAGUCGUUUAGCUGUUUACUCUUCACAAAUGUUGAUGAAUUCUACUAACGAAAUUAAUGUUUUUAUUUUUUUUACAAAUGAAAUGAAAUUUAAUUAAUUACCAAACGAAAAGGAAACUCUUCGGCAUAUGCGCGAUUUUUUUAAGCAUACGAAGAUAUCGAAUCUUAUAAUUUUUCUUUUUAAAAUGUUUAACACGAAAUAAUUUAGUAUUUAAAUUAUAGUUUAUGUUGUUUUAUGUAAUACUCGUAUUACUAAAAAUUAAAAUAAUAAAAAGAGAAAAGAGAUGUAAAAAAAAAAAACGAGAAGUAAAGAUUAUUAAAAAUGGAAAAUUAAAAUGUAGUACGUUAAUGAAAACAGUAGUCGGAGAAGUCGAGUGAGAACAACUGAUAUUAUUUUCGAAAAAGUGACUACGCAGAAAAGUAAUGCAGAUCGAUUUUUAUUUUAUUUUUUGAUGUUGAUGCAACGAAAUUGCAUAGAAAUAAUUUUCUACUACCCGCAACGGAUAGAUUAUGACAGAAAUUGCGAUCUGCUUACAUUUAAAUCAGAUGAACAGAAAAUUGUAAAAAAAAAGUUUUAGAAAAAAAACGAAAAAUAUAUAUGUAACAUAUAAAAAAAAAGAAAUGGAUUUACCAUUCGAAAUAAAUAUAAAAAACAAAAAUGCCCAAAAUGUAUAAAAAAAAAAUAAACAAAUGGAUUUACCAUUGAAAAAUUAAUAAAAAAACCAAAAAUGCCCAAAAUGUAUAAAAAAAAAUUCAAAUGUAUGCAAAAACAAAUAAUAACCCUAUGGUAAAAUAUCCGUAAAUAAAUGGGAAAGAAAACUUUUUUUGAGCAGCGAAGUUGAACAAAAUGUGGACUUAACUGAUAAAAAAACUUGAUUACAAAAUCAAGAAAAAAAAACGAAACAAAAAACAAGUACUGAAUAAUACUUGAAGCUUUUAAGAUUUACUAUUGGGCAAGGUGCACUCAUUAAAGGUGGUGGCACUAGACCAACAACAAUGUUUUGUACGUUCGAUUGUCAAAGAAAAGUAUUGGCAAAAUAGAAAACAAAGAAUGACUUCGCCUUAUUGCAUUCUGGGCUGACAGCCCAGCGAAAAAAAAAAAAACAAAUCAGCUGAUUUACUACCUUUACAUACCACCUUUAAUAGAUUCGCCUUGCUGUUAGCUGAAAAGCUCAGUAAAAGCAAAAGAAAUAAAAAUAUUUGUUGAAAAAUCGAAUGAAAAUGUAUGUGAAUGAAUUUUUUUUGUAUGAAAAAGUAUUCACAAAACUGAUUGCAUAAAUAAAUGUUUUGUUGUUGUUCUUGUAGUAGCAAAAACAUUCCCUAUACAUGCACGGGGAGUGCUGCUGGAGCUGGGACAGUUCUUGGCCGGAUAUAUAGUAAAUCCGUGUCGUUCCGCUAACGUAGAAUCGACUGUCGGGGGGAACGCGUUUGUAGAGCUGUGCUAUUAAUUGAUUAUUGAAUAUUUUAGUUAACCGUAAAUUGAAGUUCAAUCAAUUCGAAAUGUAAAUUAUUAAAAACUGAAGUCAUGCAAUUGAAAAAUGUUUUACUCAAACUGCUCGAGUACUGAAGUGAAUGCAAAGCACUAAAUAUAUUACACUAUUUGUUCUUUAAAUAUUACAUCAUAUGUUCUAUAAAUAUUAUAUUCCAUUUAAAUCUGUCACAAAGAUUUGCUGAAAAGUGUAAUGUGCGACAGAAGUCACUUUAGUACCAAAAAUGUGUGAUUUCAACUAAUGCAAAUCUAAGAUUGCUAAAAUAACAGCUUUUAGUCGGCUUAAGUCAUACCGUUAUGUGGCUUGGGACAACUUUUCAGAAAUGCCCCUUCGAUUUCGCAAAAAGGUGCUCUAGUGGUUUCUGUCACGCAAUGCACUGCUAUAGUCAAUUUUAUUUAUCAGAUUGUUCAUGAAAAUUCUCAAAGAAAGCAUUUUGUUUCACGCAAAUUUGUAAGAUUGGAAUCUACUACUUUUCAUACAUCAAUACAUUAAAUUUUGCUAAAUCAAGCAAUUAUUCAGUUUUGUGAAUACAAAUUUAAGAAGUGCAAAAGUGAGAAGCUUGUAAUUUCAUUUAUCGUUCUAACCGUUCUAAGUUGUGGCAUUUUGUUCGACUUCCUUUUGCUCAAUACCCACAAAAUAAUUAAAUAUGCAAAUUACCAACCUACUUUUGCUUAGUGAGUAAGCUUCAAAAUCCAUAUACAUAUAAAAUUACCAAAUUAUUAACAGAAAAAUAACAGAAAACAGCUAAUAUCCAGCUAUACAUAUACAUAUGUAAACACAUACAUAUAAUGUAUCUAUGUACUCCCAAACACAUACAUAUAUGCAAUAAAAUGAAAAUCAGUGUGUAAUAUGCAAAUUCAGCAAUAGAA